AUGCCUUAUAGGCCGAUUAAUAAACGUUUGCCAGCGACCUUGGACAUACGUCUGCAACACAGAUAUUCAGACAUCGCGACUGAGCUUUCGCGCACAACACAUUUCAAUAAAAUAGAAGUGCUCCGAUUACUACAAAUGCACUACAUGCUAACAAAGGACAACGCGAAACCUAUGAAGAAGUUGAACUUCAUACAGUUCAUGGACGUUUUUUUAGGGGUGAGAAACGUAGAUUCCGUAGAUAAAGUUUAUCUGCUUUGUUGCGAAACGAACAAGGAAUACUUGACUGGUCCCGAGUUCGUCAGGGUAUUGUCGAUGCUGUUAAAGGGGACCCUAGCCGACUUGAUUAACUUCUGCUUUGAAGUCUACACGGAAAUGAUCAGGUCACCGAGGUACAUAAAAAAAGAGGACGUGUUAGUGAUGGCCAGAAGGAACAGCAUGAAAAUGUGUAAAUUAGUCAACAUGGAGGAGUAUGAUCAGAGUUUCGUCGAUUUCGUCAUGACCGAGGUGGACAAGGAUCGCGAUAAUAGGAUUUCGCUGGAGGACUACCGCAAAGCUGUGCACGAAAAUGUCGCCUGGUUACAGUUCUUGGGGCAAAUCCUUCCGUCGUGCACCCAAAAAGAGAUAUUUCUGCGAUUAUUUACGGACCGACCGUACGUCAACAAUAUAGAAUCUACAGCUGCAGAGAUGACUCGGAAAAACAGGGAGAGUAUUGCCAGAAUGACUCUGCUGAAAUCGGCAAUUAGCCAAACCGAAAACACCGCCAGUAGUACGUCUUUUUCCAGCAAUUCCACGUGUUUAGCGGUUAACCGCGACUUGACUCAUAUGGCCAAAAAACCUGAAAUAAUAUCGGAUGGAAAUUAUUUAACAUUAUUUUAA